GGAGCUAGGGUUCCGUGUUGGGGGGGCGGAGCGAGGAUGGCGCAGGCGGUGGAGGAGUGGUACCGGCAGAUGCCCAUCAUCACGCGCUCCUACCUCACCGCCGCCGUCGUCACCACCGUCGGAUGCACCCUCGAGAUCAUAUCGCCGUACCACCUCUACCUCAACCCCAAGCUGGUGGUGCAGCACUACGAGAUCUGGCGCCUCGUCACCAACUUCCUCUACUUCCGCAAGAUGGAUUUGGACUUUCUGUUCCACAUGUUUUUUCUUGCACGCUACUGCAAACUUCUCGAGGAGAACUCAUUCAGAGGAAGAACUGCUGACUUUUUCUACAUGCUCUUGUUUGGCGCUACUGUCCUUACUGGCAUCGUUUUGAUUGGUGGGAUGAUACCUUACAUUUCUGAGACAUUUGCCAGAAUUCUGUUCCUGAGCAAUUCACUGACGUUUAUGAUGGUUUAUGUCUGGAGCAAACACAAUCCCUUCAUUCACAUGAGCUUCUUGGGCCUGUUCACCUUCACUGCUGCGUACUUACCUUGGGUACUUUUGGGGUUCUCUAUUCUGGUGGGGAGUAGCACAUGGGUGGAUCUCUUGGGUAUGAUUGCUGGCCAUGUGUAUUACUUCCUGGAAGAUGUGUACCCUCGGAUGACUGGCAGGCGUCCUCUGAGGACCCCUUCGUUCAUCAAGGCGAUGUUUGCUGACGACAAUGUGGUCGUAGCACAGCCACUCAAUGCCGGGGUCGGAGCAGGAGCAAGGUUUGGUGCUAUGGACCCACAGUUCCAAUGAUCAACUGUCUGUCCAUGACCUGCGACAGAUCUGGGGAAAUAGUUGCUUUAUCCAUUCAGACUGCAAGGUCGUGUAAGGCAAUGUUCGUGUGUGUUUAUACAGGCUAGGGCAGAGUUAUUGUGCAUAACAAAAGAUUAGUAGUAUUUCAGGCAGCAAAGUUUCUUACCGUGAGAAAGCGCAAGCGAAAUGAUCCGUAAUUGGUUGGACAGACCAGCCUUGGUUCC